CCGCCAACUUGUUGAUUCCCAGGAGCUCUUCCUCUUCGGUCUGAGCCGGAGUCUCUCGCUCCCCUGCUCACCUGUGGCCCGCAGAGUUCCAGAGCAGGGUCUCCGGGGCAGAUCGCCCUCUUCCCGCCCCCCCUGCCCCGUACACCCCAACUUCACAGCCAUGAGCAAGUUGGGCAAGUUGUUUAAAGGGAGAGGCUCCUCCAAGAGCCGAACUGCUCUCAGCCCCCAGGAGGCCCUGGCCCGGCUUCGGGAAACGGAGGAGAUGCUGGGGAAGAAACAAGAGUACUUGGAGACUCGAAUCCAGAGAGAACUGGCCCUGGCCAAAAAACACGGCACGAAGGACAAGCGAGCUGCAUUACAGGCACUGAAGAGAAAGAAGAGGUUUGAGAAGCAGCUCACUCAGCUUGAUGGCACCUUGUCCACCAUUGAGUUCCAGAGAGAAGCCUUGGAAAACUCCCACACCAACACCGAGGUGCUGAGGAACAUGAGCUAUGCAGCAAAAGCCAUGAAGGCAGUUCAUGAAAACAUGGAUCUGAACAAAAUAGAUGACUUGAUGCAAGACAUCACUGAGCAACAGGAUAUUGCCCAAGAAAUCUCAGAAGCAUUCUCAGAACGGGUUCAAUUUGGCGAUGACUUUGAUGAGGAUGAGUUGAUGGCAGAGUUUGAAGAAUUGGAGCAAGAGGAAUUAAAUCAGAAGAUGACAAAUAUACAGCUUCCAAAUGUGCCUUCCUCUUCUCUUCCAGCACAGCCAGCUAGAAAGCACAGUAUGCCCUCCUCUGCACAUCCAUCAUCCCGAGCAGCCUCAUCUAGGAGAGCAGAAGAAGACGAUGAUGAGUUCAAACAGUUGGCAGCAUGGGCUACUUAAACUACAAUGGAUUUUAUUUUCUUCUCCUUUGGAUGCCAAAAUGAACCAAUUAUUCAUAAAAAAUGUUGUUUAGUUUUGCCAAAUUUAAAAGUAAAUAAUGACUUUAUUUUAUAUUCAUCCUUGGUGAAUAUUGUUUUUUAAGCUUCAGAAGGAAAGGUUAGGAAAGGACUUCCUAGUAGGUUGGGAGAGGAGCCUUGCAUGUGGAUGGGGGGCAGGGCAUUUGGAAUUUCUAGUUUUGGUCCAUAGUUGAUAUUCUGUAUAUAUUUGUGCAAAGGAAUUUAAUUCUGCUAAUAUAUUAGACAUAUAGCAAUUUAUAAGCCAUUUAUACGGCAUACUUUAAGGAUAGCUGGGAAAAUUUCUAUGUGAAGGUAAGUUUGCCAAGUGCGUCCAUAUCACCCCAGGUAAUGUAAAUACCCCAGGAAUAGACUCUUUAGCCUCUCUUAGAAGAGGCUUCUUGUAGAGAAGUCUUGUAUGAGUCUAUACAUACAUAGCUUCACUUGAGUUUUGCUGUUUAAAAUCUUAAAGCAGCUCUAAUUGACAUUUAUUAUGCCAAUUAAGCUUGGAAUGGGGCAAUAGCUGCACUUCCCAAAAUGUCUGAAAGCUCUAAUGGUUUCCACCGCUGAGUGAGACUCUCCUGGGGGUAAUUGAGCCACUUAGGAGCUGUAUGGCCACUUUGAGGCCAUUAUGAUGCUGUUUUGGCUUCGUGGUGCCUGUUCAUUCUCUACUAUUUUGUGUUCUCUUGUACAUUUUUUAAUACUUCACAGAAUACACGCUGUAAUGUAUAUAAAAUGAUUGGCAAUUAAACAUUUAUCUUAAAAUUUUGGCCAUGAUUAUUUUUUAAAGGAAAAUAAAUUAUAAAAUGAUUUACCCUCCAUAAUGUAUGAGCAUACAAUUACAAAUGUUGUUAUAUAAAACACCCAGGUAUUCUAUCCUAUUUAGUGAUAGUGGAAUACAAAGACUACUAGUCGCAAAGAUUUCAGUCUGAGAGUCCUGGGUUCCAGUCCCUGCCUUGUCAUUUACACAAUGCCAUAAACUCCCUGUGUGCUUGUCUUAGUACUGCACAGUUUAAGGGGUGGACUUGAUGACCCCUAAUGAUUCCAUUAGGUGGUUUGCAUAUGCUGUUUUGUUUUCUUGGGAAUCUUCCUGCCCUACAAAUCACUAAUUUCACAGCUUUCUAAUUCCUUAGAUCCUGGUUCAAAUGCCCUUUUUCUUGGGAAACGUUUCUUGAUUCCCGGUCUAAGUUAUGUCUUCCCAUUAUAUAUUAUAUCCCCACUAUAUAUUUUAUUCACAGCACUCUGCUCCCUCUCAGACCAUUUUUCAGGAUUUAUAUUACAUAUUCACUUGAGCAAUUACUUAACUAUUGUUGUUUUUCUCUGCUAGGCUGCAGUAACCUGAGGGCAGACACCAUUUAUUUUGUAGUUCAAUAGUUCAUUCCUAGUUCUCUGCCAUUUUUCAGGUACAGCAGGCAUUCAAUCAAUAUUUAUUAAAUGAACCACAAUUAAAUUUUAUAUCUUUUGGACUCUGACGGACUAAUUGGAAUUAGACUUACCUCUGCUCUUAAAUAACCAGAAACCGGACAAAGUUGAUAUAAAACAACCGUUUUCAGAUAUUCGAUGAUAAUGACUGCAUGGUGAUUCCUAAGGGAAGGAAAUCAUCAA